AUGAGUGAAGACAGUCCCUCAAGUAGUCCUACGGCACACUACGCUGUCUAUAAAUCUGUAGAAUCUGAUGGAACCGGUAUCAGUGAUUUGAUUGGCGCUUUUGGAUCCCGGCUGAGACCUCAAGCAGGCUUCAUGAACGCGAACGAGCGGCUCGUUGGCUGCGGCAGGCAGAGUUCACCUGGUGACUUAGAGGGGCCCAUGGCCCAAGCUUCUCUGGUCUUCAUCCACAGAUCUCUUCCUAACAUCUCUCCCCGCUCUCGCACGCAUCCAAGCUCCGCAACAACGCACCCGUAUUCCACCGCGAUGACCAGCAACGGCAGCGAGGAAAGCCGCUCUCGUAGCAACAUGUCACCAGACAUGGAUCUCGAGAAAGAUACCAGACCAGAGCAUUCGCCUUAUGCCAGUGAACCCUGUGCUGUCUUGUUUCGAGACAGGAAGACGCUUUACAUUCCGAGAGAAUCUCUCAAUCAAGUCGAGCAGAUCUCUCGCUAUCUUGUUCGGGGCGGCCCUAAGCUGAAGGCCCAUUUCACCGACAUCACUUCCGCGACCGGUCAUGUUCUAUUGCACUUUCUGGUAUGCGGGGCCUACCAAUCUCUUAGACCCGAGGGCGACAGCCUGGAGAAAAGACAGGCUUCCGAGUUCAAGACUGCCCUUGACGUAUACGUCGCGGCCGAUUCGCUUCAGCUCCCUCGCCUCCGCGAUCUCGCACGAAGAGAAAUGGCCAGGGUAGGCGACACGCUCAGUCUGCCGUCUAUCAUGUCGGCUUUUGAAGACUCUGAUAUGUCUUCCAACAUACCCCUUGGUGUCACUGUGUAUCUUGAAUCUCGCAUCCUCUCCUUUGCAGAGGAGGCAACGCCCGCGGUCGUCGAGAGCAUGCUUCCGGAGCUCGAGGGGCCAAACACACUGAGCCGAAUCUUGUUGAGGAGCAUUGUGCGCCUCAAGAGUUCAAAGCUGUCCAAACAACAACAGGAGCUCCACGGCAAGAAGGGCGAAGUAUGUUUCGGCACUCCCAAAAAUGUGCUGGAGGGUAAGAUGAGAAGAAGGAUGUCGACUACAGAGCAGGCUAUGAAGGAGGCUGAGGCGAAAGCCGAGACUCUAUCCAAGGAGGCGGAAGUUCUUCCAUUGGCCGAGAAAGCGUCUUCUGAAAAGCCUGAAGCCUUCCCAGCAGAGGAAGAACCUGCGAAGUGUGCCCCUGCAGAGGAAGGAGAUCGCGAAAUGCAAUCCCUUCUUACUAAGGAGGAAAUCAGUGCUCUACAUUGUAGACACUCUAAAAGGGGCGGCAGGCCUGAAGCCUUCCCAGGAGAGGAAGCACUCGCUAAGUGUGCCCCUGCAAAGAAAGCAGAUUGCGAAGUGCAAUCCCUUCUUACUAAGGAGGAAAUCAGUGCUCUAAAUAAUUUUAAACAGUCUAAAAGGGGCGGCAGGCGGUUGAAGGGAGACAGAGCGCACCUUGAGUUUCUUAUUGAAAGGGCCCUAGUUGACGCCGACCUGAAACCCCUAAAGGCGACAGACGUCGCUCCCAACGAAGAGGCCACUACGGUGUCAUCGGCUGUAACCCCGGCCCUGGAUGCCCAAGAAAGACAGACACUCAAUUUACCAGGAUCUCUAAACACGGAGAGGGAUCACUCGGAGACUGCAUCCUUCGAUAGGCCCGGGUCGAGAAGCUCCGGAACCUGGAGUUUUGCGGGAACCCCGGCCUCUCACUCUAGCCAGAUUUCCCCAAAGGUCGAGGUUUCAAAGGAUCACGCAGGAGGGAGGGAAGACGACGUUUUGGAUUGGGAUGCCAUUUUCAAAGCAGUUCGAAAGAAGAACCAGGGUAGGCCGUCGUAGGUAAAUCCUAUGGGUUCGGUAAAGGAUCUCCGGAAGGGUCGUUUGGGUACUUUCUUUUCGCUCUGGGUUUUGGGUCUCAAUGUUUUGCUUCCACAUGGAGCAUUCACUCAUUCGUUAUGCUGUCAACUACCGCUAGGUGUCUAUAGAGGCCGCUCAAAUUGAAGAAACAUGGGCCUCAUAGGGAGCUUCUCCAUU